AUGACCGUCGCGGGCGCCAGCCGCGCCAUCCUCGCGCGCUUCGUCGCCUUCCACGCCUCGCCGGCCAGCGUCUCGUACUGCCGCGCCAUCGACUUCUUCGCCUUCAUCGCGAGCACCACGCUGUGCCUGGUGCACAUCGAGGCCGCGCGCCGCUGCCACCACCACCACCAGCACGGCGGCGGCGGCGGUGGCGGUGGCGGCGGCGACUUGCUGCGGCCGCUGCUGCACGAGCGCCACGCGGACCGCGCCGUCAUGCAGGGCCUGCUGGACGUCGUGGGGAGGAUGAGCAGCACGGGGCCGGACCCGAUCGCGCGGCGCAUCGAGAGGAUCCUGGGCCCGCUGCUGGAGAUUGAGGCCAACGCGUCCCGGGGCGGGUGCUACAGCGUGUCGGCCGUGGAGGGGGAGGCCGGGGCGGAGGGUGGUGGUGGCAAGCAGGAGGAGGCGGCGGCGGGAGCGGCGGCGGACUUUGGCGACUCGAGCGAUGCGCCGCGCGUGCUGCGCAUCAAGAUUCCCUUCUUCGGCACGAUUCGCAUCGAGCACCACCCGGAAUGGUCGGCCUCGGCCUCGCCGGGGUACGCGAGGGGCGAGGAUCAACAAGUCGGGGCGGCACCGGCCGCACGGAAUGGCUGCGACGGAGACGUCUCAAGUGGCGGCUCUGUUGCCAACGAUGCGCAAUUGGCGCAGCAAAAUGCAAGCUCCGCCAUGAGCUCAAAUACCUUGGAGACAGACUGGACAGGUGCCGGCGCCAUGUCCGAGCAUGUUUCGUCGCUCAUGCCAAAGAAUGACGACUGGACUCACAACGCCACGGGUCUGUACCCCGGAGACGGCUCAGAGCCGUAUCUAUUUGUCCCGGACCUGUCUUCUGACGAGCACUGGGCGCUGCAGGGUGUCGACAUUGCUCUGUUUAGCAACUUGACGCAGGGAUCUUGA